AUGGGUGAUGCACCAGUUGUUGCUCCUCAAAUAGAUUUUAGCAGUCUACUCUAUUUGCAUCCUUCUGAGAAUGCAGAUUCAACAUUAUUACCAGUUGUUUUUGAUGGAACUGGGGCCCUAUCUGUUAAGAGUAAGACUGGUUUCAUCACUGGGAAAGUUGUUAAGCCAACUUCUACGGAUCCUUCCUUCCCGCAAUGGGAGAGAUGCGAUGAUAUGUUACAAAAAGAGAUCAAUGAUCUUGUGCAAGGAACUUUGGAUAUCACUGGUUAUUACACGAAGAUGAAGAAACUGUGGGAGGAGAUGAACACUCUUGACGUUCACUCCCAGGGUACUUGUGUGUGUGUCUGUGGUGGUAAGGCCAAAAUGCACCAAGCUGAACAGGAUAAGAGACUUGUACAUUUUCUGAUGGGAUCCAGAGUUUUUAGGACCAACUAUGCAUCCUCAAGAGGAGGUACUAAUAGUCCAAAUCCCAACACCAACACCAACACUGUCUUUAGAGGUAAUUCUAGCACUGGUAAUAGAUCAAAUCUGUUUUGUGACUUUUGCAAACGUACCGGUCAUACCAAGGAUAGGUGUUACAAACUUCAUGGUUAUCCAUCCAAUUCUAGACCUCCUAAGGGAAGAAGCUCAGGUUCUGCAGCAAAUGCAUACAGUUCUGAAGAGGACAGGAAUCACAAUGAGGAGUCUGAUGAGUCAAAGAGACAAAUGCCAUUGAAUCUGUCCAAAGGUCAAUAUGAGCAAUUGCUUAACCUCCUGGGAUUUCUGCAAGCUGGAAAUGGGACUGAUGGCUCAAGAAAUAUGUUUAGUGGAGCUGUGAACCUAGCAGGGCCCUUCUCUGAAGAGCCCUCUAGCACUUGGUAG